UCUCUCUUUUCAGUCCUGCCCUCUCUCUCCGGCGGGGCAGAUCCACUCCGCCUGCAGAGCAGAGAGGAGUGUGUGUUCAGAGCAGAGUGUGUGUGAGGGUGUGUGCGAGCGCGCGCGGAGCAGCAGCAGCAGCAGCAGCAGUGGAGAGCAGGACUACAGCAGUGUUUUCUGCCCUCAUGCGCGCUCGUGAAUGGCGCGAGCGCACCGGGGCGCACCGUGCAGCUGAGCUCGUGGUGGGAGCGGGAGGCGCGCGUGCCAUGCCACGAUGGUGCUGAUCGAGCUGCUGUUGUUGCUUAGCGUGCUGGGGCACGCGGAGCCGCGCAGGCGGCGGGACGCGGCGGCGCGCGGAGGGGUCUACGAGCACCUGGGGGGAGCGCCGCGCCGCAGGAAACUCUACUGCGCCACCAAGUACCACCUUCAAAUCCACCCCAGCGGCAAGAUCGACGGCUCGCUGGAGGAGGACAACCCGCUGAGUAUACUGGAAAUCACAGCGGUGGACGUCGGAGUGGUAGCAAUCAAGGGCCUGUUCUCUGGGAGAUAUUUAGCCAUGAAUGAGAAAGGUCGCCUUUACGCCUCGGAGGUCUACAAUAAAGAGUGCGAGUUUGUGGAGAGGAUUCACGAGUUAGGCUACAACACGUACGCCUCACGACACCACUCCACCACCCAGCCACCCGUAACCGGGGGCAACAAGCGACGAGCCCAGGCCAAGAAGCCGUGGUUCGUCUCCAUCAACGGCAAGGGUCGGCCCAGGAGGGGCUUUAAGACACGGGGCACGGACAAGGCCUCCCUCUUCCUGCCCCGCGUUCUGGGCAACAAGGACCAUGAGAUGGUGCUCAGCCUCCUUGAAGGCCAGCAGCAUGGGACAGGCCACCGGAGGGUUCGCGUGGGACGGGCCGACCGCAGGAAGAGGAGGCACAAAGGUACCAAGGGCCACGGGAGCCGUGGAGGCCAAAAGGGCCACAAGGGCCACAGGGGCAAGGGUGAUCAUGAAGCCCAUGAAGGCCAGGAGGGCCAUGGGGUGAAAGAUGACACUUAAGGACCAAAAAAAGGCUCAAGUGGCCACCAAAGACCAAAAAACUGAGACCUCUGUUGGGUGGACGCCUUGGAGGAGGACUAGCUCUGACUCGGACUGAUUUUUAGAUGUAAAAAUUGUAUUUUUAUCACAUUCAGACGAGCAUUUCUUUUUUUGUUGGUUUUCUUAAUACUGAAGUCUUGCAUUUGACAUGUAAAGACAGUCCAAAUUACAUUUGCGUGACCAAAAAAAAACUUUUAAACUUUCAACAAAAAAACAAAAAACACUGCUGGAUGUGUUUCAGACAAUUCUAGUUAGUAGUAAACAGUCCAUCUUUCCACCUUUAAUCAAAUAAUAUUUUUUGUUUAAGAUUUUGAUUAAAAAGAAAAGAUUAGACGAUUUGGAUACGAGUGCUUGACAAUGCCGAAGAUGUGUUAUAUCAUUGGACUACAAGACUUUUUAUAGCUGAACGGCGUCCAGAGAAGCACUUUUGUUCAGAUUAACCAGUAGCAGAGGAGAGUCCAACAUAAAGCAGAUGGAUCGUUUUGUUCGUUUCUUUUUUUUUUUUUUUAAGAAAACCUACAUGUGAUAGUCUACUGUCCUUAAACUGCAAUGAGAAGUACUUUGUAUAUUACUAAUGUUAUGCAUAUUUAUUUUGUCCAUGUGUUGUUUAAGUUAUUGAUGACAUAGUUUCUACCAUUUCAAAGCGUCAAAGAUUAUGACUCUAUGAUUAAGGAUCGCUGUCAGUGCCAUUGUAUACAGUAUAUAGUAUAAAGUCAUCAAGGGGAGGCUCGGAUUCUCGGAUCCAGAUCCAGACAUACGUUGCAGUUGCCUAGACAUUAAUAGACAGAUCCUUACUGUGUGUAAAAUUAGUUGUGAAAGGUACUUUUUUUAUAUAAAUAAAUAUAUAUUGAACACUGUAAUAAGUGACAGUAAUGCUAAAGCUGUGUUAAUCAACACUGAACUUUUAACAUGUGGAGGAAUGUCACCAAUAAAUUAUAUGGAAAUAUA